GAAUCACGACUCGUGCUGCUCAAACAGUGAACAUGAAUGAGAACAACAAACACUAACAAACUAAUCAUGUUUUCAUCAUUCAUACAUGCCUAAAUAUGAAGUUUAUUUGCAGUGUUAGUUUUUAGAGAUUUUUUUUGUCUAACCGGUUCAGUAGGCCUAGGCCAUUAACUCUAAUUCUAAUUCUAAACUCUAAUUACUCUCUUCAUAAAGAUGGCGUUUAUUAAAGAUGAGACUGAAGACAUAAAGAUUGAGUAUAUUAAAGAGGAAGAGACUGAAGACAUAAAGAUGGUGAUUAUUAAAGCGGAGACUGAAGACAUGAAGAUUGAAUUUAAUAAAGAGGAGUUUGAAGAAAUAAAGAUUGAAGAAACAUUCAGUGUGAAACAUGAAGAUACUGAGGAACAAACAGACCUAAUGGCACUGAAAGAGGUGAGUUUUGAACUUAAUGAAAAAGAAGAAGAGAAAAAACAUAAUUUCAUGACUGGAGAAAAAUCAACACAGGCUAAAAAGUGUUCCUCACAAAAAGGAGCUCAAAAGACUGGAACUAAAAGUCAUUUCACCUGCCAACAGUGUGGAAAGAGUUUUGAUCGACAUAGAAAGCUUCAAGUCCACAUGAGAGAUCACACUGGAGAAAAGCCUCAUACCUGCACUCUGUGUGGGAAUGGCUUCACACGGGAACAAAGCCUCAGGGAACACAUGAGAAUUCAUACUGGAGAAAAGCCUCACACCUGCAAAAAAUGUGGACAGAGUUUCAGUCAAAAGGGAAGCCUUACAGUCCACAUGAGAGUUCACACUGGAGAGAAACCUUUAACCUGCCAACAGUGUGGAAAGGGAUUCAGUGACAAAAAAAACCUUACAGCCCACAUGACAAUUCACACUGGAGAGAAAGCUUACACCUGUCAAAAGUGUGGACAGAGUUUCAGUCGAAAAGAAGGCCUUACAGUCCACAUGAGUAACCACACUGGAGAAAAGCCUCACAUCUGUCAAGAGUGUGGAAAAAGUUUCAGUGGAAAAGGAAAACUUGAAAUCCACAUGAGAAUUCACACUGGAGAGAAACCUUUCACCUGUCAAGAGUGUGGAAAGAGUUUCAUUCAAAAAGGACAUCUUACAGCCCACAUGAGAAUUCACACUGGAGAAAAGCCUCAUACCUGCCAACAGUGUGGAAAGAGUUUCAUUCGAAAGGAAGGACUUAUAGCUCACAUAAGCACUCACACUGGAGAAAAGCCUUACACCUGCAGUCUGUGCGGGAAUGGUUUCACACGGGAACAACGCCUUAGGGAACACAUGAGAGUUCACACUGGAGAGAAACCUUUUAAAUGUGUUCAGUGUGGAAAGAGUUUCACACAUAAAGUGAGCCUUUAUUACCACAUGAAUAUUCACGCUGGAGAGAAGCCAUUCACAUGUGAUCAGUCUGGAAAUAGUUUCAGAUUUAAAGGUAACCUUAAGGGCCACAUAAGCACUCACACUGGAGAAAAGCCUUACACCUGCACUCUGUGUGGGAAUGGCUUCACACGCAAACAACGCCUUAGGGAACACAUGAGAGUUCACACUGGAGAGAGCCUAUUCACCUGCCAACAGUGUGGAAAGAGUUUCAGUCAAAAACGACACCUUAUAGACCACAUGAGAACUCACACUGGAGAAAAGCCUCAUACCUGCCAACAGUGUGGAAAGAGUUUCACAUUUAAAGGAAACCUUAAAGUCCACAUGAGAACUCACACUGGAGAAAAGCCUCAUACCUGCCAACAGUGUGGAAAGAGUUUCAGUAAGAAAGGAAACCUUACAGACCACAUGAGAAUUCACACUGGAGAAAAGCCUUAUACCUGCCAACAGUGUGGAAAGAGUUUCAGUCAUAAAGGAAACCUUAUAAUUCACAUGAGAGUUCAUACAGGAGAGAAGCCGUUCACAUGUGAUCAGUGCAGGAAGAGUUUCAGUCAAUCAUCAAGCCUUAAAGAACACAUGAAAGUUCACACUGGAGAGAAACCGCACACAUGUGAUCAAUGUGGGAAGAGCUUCACAACCAAACAACAUCUUAAGGUUCACAUGAGAGUUCAUACAGGAGAGAAGCCGUUCACAUGUGAUCAGUGUGGGAAGAGUUUCUCACGAUCAUCAAGCCUUAAAGAACACAUGAAAAUUCACACCGGAGAGAGAUCGUUCACAUGUGAUCAAUGUGGGAAGAGUUACACACAAAAAGGAAAUCUUAAGGAUCACAUGAGAGUUCACACUGGAGAGAAGCCGUUCACAUGUGAUCAGUGUGGGGAGAGUUUCAGUCAAUCAACAAACCUUAAAAAACACAGGAGGAUCCACACUGGAGAGAAGCUACACACAUGUGAUCAAUGUGACAAAACAUUUCUAGAGUCAUCAACCCUGAAGAGACACCUGACAGUUCAUACAAAGGAGAAGCCACAUUCAUGUUCUGUGUGUGGAAAGAGUUUUUCACUGCUGUAUUAUUUAUAUCAACAUCAGAAAACACACACUGGUGUGAGAGAGUACAUGUGCUUUGAGUGUGAGAAGACUUUUACUACAGCAAACAAUUUAAAAGUGCACCAGAGAAUUCACACUGGAGAAAAACCUUACAAUUGUUCACACUGUGACAAGAGAUUUAGUGAUUCAUCAUCUCUGAAAAUACACGAGAGGAUCCACAGCAGAGAGAAGCCGCACACGUGUGAUCAGUGUGGAAAGAGUUUCACUAUUAAAAGUAACCUGAAGAUACACAUGAGAAUUCACACUGGAGAAAAACCUUACAAGUGUUCACACUGUGACAACAGAUUCAGUCAGUCAUCACAACUGAAAACACAUGAGAGGAUCCACACUGGAGAAAGAUCUUACAAGUGUUCAUACUGUGACAAGAGAUUCAGUCGUUCAUCAUCUCUGAAAUCACAUGAGAGGGUCCACACUGGAGAGAAGCUGCACACGUGUGAUCAGUGUGGAAAGAGUUUCACUAUUAAAAGUCACCUGAAGAUACACAUGAGAAUUCACACUGGAGAAAAACCUUACAAGUGUUCACACUGUGACAACAGAUUCAGUCAGUCAUCAUCUCUGAAAACACAUGAGAAGAUCCACACUGGAGAAAAACCUUACAAGUGUUCACACUGUGACAACAGAUUCAGUCAGUCAUCAUCUCUGAAAACACAUGAGAAGAUCCACACUGGAGAAAAACCUUACAAGUGUUCACACUGUGACAAGAGAUUCAAUCAGUCAUCAUCUCUGAAGACACAUGAGAGGAUUCACACUGGAGAAAAACCUUACAAGUGUUCACACUGUGACAAGAGAUUCAAUCAGUUAGCACAUCUGAAACAACACAAGAAGAUCCACACUGGAGAGAAGCUGCACACAUGUGAUCAGUGUGGAAAACGUUUCACUAUUAAAAAUCACCUGAAGAUACACAUGAGAAUUCACACUGGAGAAAAACCUUACAAGUGUUCACACUGUGACAAGAGAUUCAGUCAGUCUUCAUCUCUAAAAACACAUGAGAGGAUCCACACUGGAGAGAAGCCACACACGUGUGAUCAGUGUAAAAAGAGUUUCUCUAUUAAAAAUCACCUGAAGAUACACAUGAAGAUCCAUGCAGUGGAGAAACCACAUCACCACAGUCUGAAAUCAUGAUAAGUAGUUCAUCUUUGUGCUGAGAAACAACGUCUCUUCUAAGACACACACCAAAUCUCUCCUCUCCACCUAUAGAUGGCACUGUUGCACUGUCUGCUGUUGAAUUAUCCAGGUUGUGGAUGAGGAGCGGCCCCUGAUGUGAUUGCGAAGCAUUUAGGGUGUACAGUAGUACAUAGUAAAGUGCUAUAUAAAUGCGUCAUUCAUUCAUUUAUUCAUAGUUAUCCAUUUCUCAAUAUGCUUUCUUGUCUGUGUUCUUGUGAAACGUCAUCAGUUGCUGUCCAAGUACUGUUCCAGUUCAAAAUUCACAUCUAGCCAAGUACAGUUCAAAUCUCCGGAUGUGUUCUUGAUACACCCUUUUUAUCACGAAUACAUAGAGAGGUGACUUGUGCGGACUUGAGACAGCCAGGUAUCCCAGAAUGCAUUGCGUACUAACCAGCAAGUGUUAGUAGCAGAGGAGAAAACCCAAGUAAUUCAAACAUACUACUGUUAUUAUGUCAUGAUAUGUAGUUUUAAGAGUUUUCAGGCAAGAGUGUACUGUUUUAAAGCUCAAAUUUGUGGUUUAUUGAUAAAAGUAGAGCCUAUUUGGAGUUGUGAGAUCCAGAUGAUCACCUGGUGCUCAGUGCUCAUGUACCCCGCUGAGAGCAUCCUUACCUUGGCUACUUCUUCUGAUGUUUGCCGUUGACUCUGAUGUCUCUGUAGUGGUUGAACAUAAUAUAAUUCAUCUUUUGUAUAUCUAACGGGUGAUCUUUGGUCUCAUAAAUCUAUAAUUUGUUGAACUAAAAGUGAAAUCUCAUAACUUUAUAUAGUUAGGAGUUAUAUUUUACUGUUGUAGCCUACUAGAGCGCUGACUUUGUAUGUUUGACUGAAUCAUUUGCUUUAUUUUUUAUUGUAUCUUCUUAUACUUUUUGCUUAUACUUUUAUAAUAGUUAUUUGGUAAUUAAAACUGAUAUCUAACAAAAAGAGUUAGGGUUGUUUUAUAUUUGCAGACUAUAUGCAUAUAUUGCCUGAACCACAUAUGUUUAAUAUUUUUAAAAUGUAAACAAAUAUAGGAAGAACUGUGUUUUAUAGUUUGUUUGGUUAUAAAUAUACAUGCAGUGAAGAUUGUAACACUCUGCCUAAAUAAGGCAGGCUACACAAAUAAAGUUUGUUCUUUUCCCUCC